AUGGUCACUUGCUCGACGCUGAUUGCUGAAAGAUAUUGCAGGGCUUGGAGGUCUGUUCUCCAAGUACACUGUGAAAGCGUGCCUGCUGUUUGUACCUUCUUGACCUGCGACGGAAUGGAGUGCAACAAGGAUGAGGCCCUUAGGGCGAAGCAAAUUGCAGAGAGGAAGUUUGAAUCCAAGGACCUGCAGGGUGCCAAGAAAUUCGCACUCAAGGCCAAGUCUCUCUUUCCGGAUCUUGAGGGCAUUAUGCAGAUGAUCAUCACCUUUGAUGUUUACCUUACCUCAGAACUGAAGGUUGCUGGUGAGAAUGACUAUUACUCUAUCCUCUCUGUGGACAAGUCAGCAGAUGAUGAAACUGUGAAGAAGCAGUACAGGAAGAUGGCACUUCUACUCCAUCCUGACAAGAACAAAUCAGUGGGCGCUGAGGGUGCCUUCCAGUUGGUUAAAGAGGCAUGGACUGUGUUAUCUGAUAAAACCAAGAGACUGUUGUAUGAUCAAAAAAGGAAAGUAGUUGUACUACAACAGAAGACAGCCCAAUCAAAUAGGACAAGUGCAACUCAAGGUGCAACCAAUGGCUUCCAGAAUUUCGCAGCCAAAUCACCUGCUUUCAAGCCAAGAGCAAACAAGCCAAAGACAGGGUCAACAACAUCUGCAGCGCGCCAGCGCCCGCCCCCGCCCCCACAGCGCCCGCCUCCUCAUCAUCAGGCUCCUGCUCCUGCUCCACCUCCAGCAAUGAAGGACACAUUUUGGACCUCAUGCAACAAAUGCAAGAUGAAUUUUGAAUAUCUCAGAGUGUAUAUAAAUCAUACUCUUCUCUGCCCUAGCUGCCGCGACCCAUUCCUUGCAAAAGAGGUACCGGUGCCACCAACUGAGGAUGUUCAUGCAGUACGGGGCUCAAACAUCAGUGGUGCACCUCAAGAUGCAAGCACUGGGAGAAAAUUUCAGUGGGGUCCAUUCUCAAGGGCAGCUGGUGCAGCCAGUGCUACUGCAUCAUCAUCUGCUGCGGCUCAAGCUGCUAAUAUGGUUCAUCAGACAUAUGAGAAAGUUAAGAGAGAGAGGGAGGAGGCACAAGCAGUAGCAAGAAGGGAAGAAGCUUUUCAGAGGAAGCACAAUCCUCUAAAAAGGCAAGCAGAUGUGUCAAUGUGCGAUACUGCAUUUGGAAAGAAGAUGAGAACUGAUGCUGGAGUUGGUUCAUCCAUUCCCUCAGGUCCAUGGGCCCAAUUUGCUAGAAUGCCAGUUGGAACUAUACCAUUUUCAACCAACAAUGCCUUUGAGUUUCAGAUUGUUAAUGGUGUGCCCACUUGGAAGCCCAGGCCUGUUACUCGGCUCAGCGUAACUAAGAUUUUCUCCAAGUCAGAUCUUAAGAGAAUUUUGAUUGACAAGAUGAAGAGCGAUUUGAAGGAGAAGCUAAGUGAGAUACGAAGUAGGCCAAUCCAAGUUACUGUUGAUGGUCCAGCAAGCAAGAAAUAUGUUGAGGUUAGCAAAGCAACAGUUGAUUCUACUGCAAAGAAAGAUGUUUGUGUGGAUCCAGAGGAGAAUGGUUCUGCUAAUAGCAAUGGUUCUACUGAUAGCACAGCUGCUGGAAAUGAAGAUGAGGACCCUAUGUCUUAUACUGUUCCUGAUCCUGAUUUCCAUGAUUUUGAUAAGGAUCGUACCGAGGAAUGUUUUCAGAGUGAUCAAAUUUGGGCUUCAUACGACGAUGAUGAUGGCAUGCCUCGUUUCUACACAUUUAUUCAGAAAGUUAUCUCCUUGAACCCGUUUAAGGUCAAAAUAAGUUACCUCGAGUCGAAGACGAAUAGUGAAUUUGGACCAUUGAGUUGGGUUUCUUCUGGCUUUGCAAAGACGUGUGGUGAUUUCAGGAUUGCCAAACAUGAAAUCUGUGAUGUGGUCAACAUGUUCUCUCACCAGAUUAAAUGGGAGAAAGGCCCACGUGGGGUGGUCAAAGUUUACCCACGGGAAGGCGAUAUCUGGGCUUUGUACCGAAACUGGUCCCCUGAAUGGGAUGGAGAUACUCCAGAUAAUGUGCUGCAUGUCUAUGAUCUGGUUGAGGUACUGGAUGAUUAUGACGAAGAUCAUGGAAUCUCUGUAAUUCCCUUGGUUAAGGUUACUGGAUUUCGGACAGUUUUUCAGCGUCACCAGAACCGGAACGUCAUCAAGAGGAUUCCAAAAGAGGAGAUGUUUCGGUUUUCACAUCAGGUCCCCUUCUAUAGGUUGUCGGGGGAAGAAGCUCCAAACGUCCCCAAAGGUAGCUAUGAGGUAGACCCAGCUGCAAUUCCGAAGGAACUCCUUCAGGGGAUCACAGAAACAGCGGAGGAGGCAGAAGGAACUUCUAAAUCCAGUUGA